UGCAAAACUAACCUCAAAAAUUCCCCAAAACAAUUUUGCUUUGUAAUUUUCUCUGAAUUUUCCUCCCAAAUCUCGUGAAAUUCCUUCUAAAAGUCUCACCAUGGAUUUUGGAAAUGAUUGGAUGACUGCCAAGCACAGCACUGGGACCACCAUCAUGGCUGUGGAGUUCAAGGAUGGUGUAAUUAUUGGGGCUGAUUCUCGUACCAGUACUGGCACUUAUGUAGCCAACAGAGUGACGGAUAAAUUGACCAAGAUUACCGAUCACAUUUACUGCUGCCGCAGUGGUUCAGCUGCUGAUACCCAGGCAAUUGCUGGCAUUGUAGCCUAUUCCUUGAAUUUCCAUGAGAAUCAAACAGGAGAGGAACCUCUUGUGUCGGAAGCAGCAGCAGAAUUCAAGAAGUACUGCUACAACUACAGAGAUGAACUCGUUGCAGGGAUCAUUGUGGCUGGCUGGGAUAAGCGUCACGGUGGCCAGGUGUACUCCAUCCCCUUGGGGGGUAUGUGCGUGCGUGAUAAGGUCACUAUUGGGGGUUCCGGAAGCUCCUACGUGUAUGGCUUUAUCAAGGAGUACUUCAAGGAGAAUAUGGAACAAGAGGAAUGCGUGGAGUUUGUCAAGAAGACCAUCUUUCACGCUAUGCACCACGAUGGGAGUUCCGGUGGUGUCUGUCGCAUUGGGAUAAUCACGAAGGACGGUGUGGAGCGCCGGGUAUUCUUUGCAAAUCAAGAUGGAGCAGCAGCUCAACCCCAGGCCACCCCAAUGGCGAUUUCUACAUAAAUUAGCAUUGUAUUUGUGGAAAUGAAAGAAUAAAUGGGAGAUUUUUAAUAUUAAA